AGAUAGAAAAGGUCUCGCAGAGCAAAUAGGUGCGAAACGAGAGAGCCUCUCGGGAGGAGAAACGUUGAUUGAUCGAUCAUCAUGUCGGCUUCAUCCACGUCAUCAUCUAGCACAUCGUGUCCGGAAGGUGGCGAACCAUCGGGAAGCUGUAAAAGCAGCGACGAGGGUGAAUCGACACUGAAAAAACGAAUGCAACAGUACGGAAUUGCGAGUGGUUACGCGAAUUCCUCAAUAUCUACACUUGAUAGAAGCCAAUAUCAAUCGCUUCCACUGAAUGGAACUCGCCGAGUCACUGUUCAAUUUGGACGAAUGAAAAUUGUGGUACCAUGGAAGGAAUCGGAUCAGACAGUUGGUCAACUAGCAGACGCAGCACUUCUUCGGUACAAAAAAGCGAGGGGAAUGGCAAACGAAGAUCGGAUACACGUACACCGACUCGAGUGCGCGUCUGAUGGUGGAAUUCUCGAUAUGGAUGAUGUUUUAGAAGAAGUUUUUGAUUUGAAUUAUGAUCAGAUCCUGGCAAUCACUGAUGAAGCUAAUGGCGGAUCAACUACUCCAACGUAUUCUCAAAUUCAAAAACAACAGCAUCACUAUGCACAACCUCUACCAUAUGCUAGGAAAUUCGAUGGAGGACCAUCAACACCGAUUGCGAGUGCUUUUGGAAGCGUAACUGUCAACCAUCAGGCUCACCGUGCUGCAUCUCCAUAUAAUGUCGGAUUUGCAAGAAGCAAUUCUCGAGACUUUGCGCCACAGCCAACACAUUCGAAAGAACGACGCGACUCGGUUGUCGAAGUGAGCAGUUUUGAUCAGAUUCCACAAUCUGGGCUUCGAGUAUCGACACCGAAACCGAGCAGACAAUCGGAGGAUGUUAUAGACGGAAAACCAAUGAAUCAACCGAUUCUGCGAUCCUCACUUAGAACUGAAGCUUCAGGAAGUCGUACCGAAGAAGCGACGCCUGUAAAACAAUCCAGAGUUACGUUGAGCCCAGAAGUUGAGAAGAAGCUCGCCGAGCAGGAUGAACGGAAAAGUGAACGUAGGAAACAUUAUGAUAAGAAUCCUGGACGAUUUGCGAGAGGUUCUGAUCGAAAAUCAAGGAUAACUGAUGCUCUUUUGGAUGCUCGUGACAGAAUCGCCGAUCAACUAGAAAGUCAGAAUCCAGCAGAAGAGACGAAAAGUCAGAUGAUUCGAGUGAAAAUUGAUCAAGGUCCCAUGCCAGGAACGUCGCUUGUCACUUUCCCACCGAUUCCAGAAAAAUCAGAAAACGAAAAGCAGUUGGGAAUAGAGGUGAAUGCAGUAUUUGAUGAAUCAUCUGAACUACCGGGAACAUCAGAACCUACUAAACUUAGUUCUGUUCAAAUUAUGAAGAUCGAAGAUGGUGGUCGAAUUGCAAAAGAUGGACGGAUACGAGUUGGUGAUUGUAUUGUUGCAAUAGAUGGAAAACCCGUUGAUCAGAUGUCCAUUAUUCGAGUACGUGCUUCAAUCUCAGAUCUUGCGGCGGUCACUUCACGUCCAGUUACUUUGAUUAUCAAUCGAUCAUUGGAAUCAUUUCUUGAGCAGGAAUCGUCGGCUAAGCCAAUUCAAUCGGCUCUACAACAGGCGAAUACUCAAUAUAUCGGGCAUACGACAGUUGUUGAAUUGAUAAAGAGCUCUAAUGGAUUUGGCUUCACUGUGACCGGACGUGAAACUGCAAAAGGAGAACGUCUAUUCUACAUUGGUACCGUUAAACCGUACGGAGUUGCUCUCGGUCAUCUAAAAUCUGGAGACAGACUUCUAGAGAUCAAUGGAACCCCGACGGGACAGUGGACGCAAUCCGAGAUUGUGGAAAAGUUGAAAGAGACGAUGGUCGGUGAGAAGAUAAAGUUUCUCGUGUCGAGAGUCUCUCAAAGUGCUAUAAUGAGCACGUCUGCUUCAUCUGAGAAUAAGGAAAAUGAGGAGACACUGAAAGUUGUUGAAGAGGAGAAGAUUCCACAGAAGCUUCCGUUACCGGCUCUUAUGACACCUCCAGUACCAAAAGAUACUCCAGCUCUGUCACCUUCCGGAGCAUCACGAUUUGAGAUUGUGAUUCCAUUCAUCAACGGAUCAAGUUCCGCAGGGCUCGGAGUUAGUCUGAAGGCUCGAGUAUCGAAAAAAUCAAAUGGAUCAAAAGUGGAUUGUGGAAUCUUUAUCAAGAAUGUGAUGCAUGGAGGUGCUGCAUUCAAAGAAGGAGGUCUACGAGUUGAUGAUCGAAUUGUUGGAGUUGAGGAUAUCGAUUUGGAGCCACUGGACAAUCGGGAAGCUCAGGCGGCGUUGGCUAAGAAAUUAAAAGAAGUUGGAAUGAUUAGCUCAAAUGUGAGACUGACGAUUAGCAGAUACAAUGAAUGUAAUCCUGGACAAAUCUCAAGGGAUUUAUCAAGAAUUACUGUGGAUGCUUCAUCACCAUCACCUUCAUCUCGAAUGUCUUCGCAUACAGCUCCAGAUUCUUUACUUCCAUCACCAGCAACUCGUGGAACAUCGUCUAGUGGAGCAGAUUCUUCUCACUCGAGGCAAUCGUCCGCUUCAUCAGCUGUUCCAGCAGUGCCUGCAAGACUAACUGAAAGGGAUUCGAUUGUUUCAGACGGAACAAGUCGGAAUGAUGAAUCAGAACUUCCUGAUUCGGCUGAUCCGUUUAAUCGGGAAGGUCUCGGAAGGAAAAGUCUCAGUGAAAAAAGAGGAAUGGGAGCAGCUGCUGAUCCACAGCACAUCAAAUUGUUCCAAGAUAUCAAACAUCAGAGACAGAAUAGUGCUCCGACGUCUUCAACUCAAAAACGAAGCAAAUCUCAACCUCGAUCUUCGUCACAACGGAACUACCGUAGUCCCAUGAAGCUUGUAGAUCUUCCGACAACUGCUGCGGCUUCUGCUUCUACGAAUUCUCAGAAUCUCGACGACUCUGAUAUGCUGAAUCGCCGUUCUCAGAGCAUGGAAAGUAUAAAUCGGCCAGUGGAGAGCAUUCUCCGUGGAACGGGGCAAAUUCCAACAGGAUCAUCUUCAAAAGUUCAAUUUAUGCAAGCAGCGAGUCCUGAUCAACAUCCAUUUCCACCUGGAGCCGCAUUGCUUAGAUUGAAGAAUGAAGAGAGUCGAUCAAGAGAUAAAUCAAGAAGAAAGAGUAUGGGAAACCCUUUCAGUGCGAUGCGAAACUUCUUUGGAUUCGGAAGCAAAUCAAGAGAUGCAUCACCAGAAAAAACACCGACUGAAUCAGUUCAAUUAAGAUCUGUAGAACGACCUAAAUCAAUAAUUGAUGAAAGAAAUAAUGGAUCAUCUGAACGUGCUCCACCUCCUCUACCACCACAUCAAUCACAACGACGUGGAAGUGGUGGAAAUGUAUUUGUAGAUUAUGGUGAACCAUAUGGACUCAUUCCACAGUAUCCCCAUAAUACGUCAAAAAUCAUGGCAACAAGUGCCCAAAACGGUAUUCGUCUUAUUUCCUAUACAAAGAAUCAAUCUUCAUCACCACCUCCACCUCCACCUGCGGGAGGAUUAUCUCCACUUCAACUGGGGAAUUCAAAAUUCUAUUCCAGCUAUCGAGAACCUUCUAUAACUCAACGGCCUAGACUUCCGGAUAUGAGUCGUACGCCGACUCUGAGCUCUACGAUCGAUACGCGGCCCAUCGCUAUCACCCGCGUGGGGGCCCAAUCAUCGAUGAAGACGAAUACAUUUACAGACAACAGAGUACCAGCGGUAAUUCACCGAUCAACACGUCGUCCUAUGUCAACUAUGGAUUACCAGCAUCUAAUGCGUACCAUGUCGGUUCCCGAAUACCACCACAAACCUCCAGUGGAAGUAUCUCGAAAACCAGUGGAGCGAUGCGUCGUGUCUAUCCCGCCGAAUACGAUGAAGACGUCGCCUACCAUCAACAAAUUCCCCAACAAUCAACGAGAUAUCAACAGGGUAGCGGUAGUGGACGUGGUAACGCCGACUACCAUCACAUGUUCAACUCGUGGUUCGCGUACACUGGCGGUGGAGCAGUCGGCGCCGCUCCGGUCAUCAAGUCCUCGUACGGAUCAUCGCCGGUACGGAUCGCAGCCGCUUCGGCCAUCGAACGAGGCGAAUCGUUCGUCGUCGAGCCCGUCAGUGGUUCGUCGGCCUCGGCCACUGACCGUCGGGGACGGAGCACUUCGAGUGGAGCCGUUGCCUCUGGAUCAUCAUCAACUGGGUUCCAAUAUGCCGCGAAGGAGAAGUAUGCGGAUGCUCGAUCUGGAAAAUUCAAUGGUGGAUCGACCCGACUCUUUAUUCCAAGACACGGCGGUGGGCUCAGCGCGGCUGCGUUUGCAACAAACUUCGGGGGAGAAGCCUACGAGACACGUGGUGGAGGAGCCGGCGGCUCGCCGAGCCAAUACCGUCGCAGAGAUCAGGGACCGCCUCAUCGUUUUCCCCAGUACUAGAUUUCCAAUAGCUGCCUCAUCAAUGCGUGUAUCAUCAGCGGCACAACCGCUUGCGAAUUCUGUAAACCUACGAUCUGUAUCAAAUAAUAAAAUCAACGAUAAUUCCGCUGAGCGAAUCUCAUUAAGAGCCAGAAAGAAGCUUCAUCGAGAAGCAGUAACACGAAGCGAGUUCUUCUUGCCACCGUCGUAUUCAAAUGAGAAUAUCAAACUGUUCAACAGUCUCCUUCCGCCAUCCACAUCAAGUAUCAUGACAACAAAGACCCCGUCACCUACGACGCCGAAAAAUUAAAGAUUCUAUGGCUUUAUAUAUAUAUAUUUAAUUCCUCUAUAAUUCUCCUUUUCACUUCUCCCUCGAUAUCUAUAACUCACUUCUAAAAAGCCGGUUCUUCUUAUUCUAAACAUUUUAGUAGGGAAUUAUCUCUAUUUCUCUCUCCUGUUGAAUUCAUAGCCGUCGUCCAUCUCUGUGAUGUUUUCUAUAUUGUUUGUAUUUAGUAGCCUCCCGAAUCAAAUCAAAUCCAUUUUUAUUCUGUUUAACAUACUUCUUGUUUUAUAACGAAUGUUGUUGUGAGCUUUUAGAUUCAAGAUUUAAAAACAAAAUCAAUCGAAUGAAUCUGGUGAAUUUAUG